AUGGAGUUGGAGGGAAAUAUCCGUACUUGCAGCGACCACUCUCAGUCUAGUCUGUCGCUGUCUCAACCUGGAGGACAUCGAACAGAAAAGCGCAGACUAUUACUGAUUUAUAUCCAUGGUUUUAUGGGAUCAGAAGCUAGCUUUCAUGACCUUCCACUGCAUGUUCAUGAUCUCUUAACGGGAUCUCUGGCGGAGUCGCAUGUGGUCUACACCCGCAUGUAUCCCAGAUACAAGUCUCAGGGCGAGAUUAGAACAGCAGUGGAUCAAUUUAGCACUUGGCUAUCACCACAUGAGGCAGAUGACCUGGAUGUCAUCCUAUUAGGACAUAGUCUCGGCGGCAUCUUAGCUGCAGACGUUGCGCGUCUACAACAAGAUGGACAACCGAAGCAUCGAAUUUUGGGGGUAGUGGGAUUUGAUGUCCCCUUUCUGGGCAUCCAUCCCCGUGUAAUACCGACAGGGACCAUGGGAUCAAUGCCCAAAAAGGACCCAGCAGCUGAAGAGAAGCUCGCAGAAGAACAAGAAUCCCUAGGCUUGAAUCCAGCCUUCAAACCCGCCCCUUCCAACCCUAACUUUGACCCGCCAUUCAUGAACGAUGUGCGUCUGGUUGAUCGUGGCUUCCUCAAUGGGAUUAUGCAUUUUGUCAACAAAAACACCGACAAUCUCUCGCGAUCUAUCUUCGAACGCAUCGUAUCACCCCUAAAAUUUGCCGGUUGUGUUAAUAAUUACUCUGAGCUUCGUCAGCGGUACCGGCACUUGAUGGAGCUGGAAGCUGCUGAGUCCAGUCCCUGGAGAGUACGAUUUGUCAAUUAUUAUACCACGAGCACCGGCCGCAAACCGCGGAAGUCCAAGACGAAACUCGAAAAGAAAGCCGAAAAGUCAGCAAAAAAAGAGAAAAAGGCUACAGCAAGGAUCAAAGCUGAUAUGGAUAAACGUGUGACGGGAGUACAUUCGCAGGAAUAUUCAGAGGCACCAAGUUCCGAAGAAAAUGAAGUAAACACUUCCAUGAGCGACAUGGCAAUAGAAAGAAAGCCGUUGAAGACUGUCGCUUCUCAUUCUUCAAUGGCAACCGAAAAAGCCAGCGGUGACAAGGAUACCCCGCUGGUGGAUGAUACAAGUAUCACAUCGUCUAUCUCAACUGCUGUUGAAUCAGAGGAGUCUCUCUCAGGGAGCACUUCCCUCUCGACAGAGAGUGGGUCCAUCAAUACCCCGGAGUCAUCAGCCCCUUCUCAACAACAACUUCGCAAGUUCAUUCUCUUACCGUCACAUCAUUGGAAGUACAACGAUAAUUCCCAUUGGGAGCCAAUAUUAAUGGAGGAUAUGGACGAAGUCAUGGCGCACCAGUCCAUGUUUAUACCACAGGGUGCAAACUACGACUACCUUGUUGGAAAUAGCGUUGGGCUAAUUGAGCAAUGGAUAGAGAACGAUCUUAGUCGACGUUUUCUCCAAGAGAGUCUCGACUAA